AUGCUGCCCUUUUCGCUUUCACGCACGCGCGCUUAUAACGACCGCGUCAAGAACUUGACAGCGGCCCUGGGAGCCGAGGCGACCAGGUCGUCGCAGGCGCAGCCGUGGCACGGGCGGCGGCGGGAGCCGGGGCUGGAUGAGACGCAGCUAUUGAGCGAGCGCAGCGUGGAGGCGUUCCUUAGGGAGCCUCUGGCGGGACUGCUGGCGCGCAGCUCGGCGCCCGAAACGGGGCCGACCCCCGUCGGCAGGGAAGAGGCGCUCGCCUUGGAGGCACGCCUCGCGCGCCUGCUACCCCCUGGCGCGGCCCUGGCACUGCAGGCGCGCCACUCAGCCGCCGCCGAGCAGCACGCUCCCGGCGCCCCACCGCGGCAGCGGCCGGGAGCGCUCAUGGGCAACGCCGCCGGCAGCUUUGUGGCCUGCGCGUGCAAGGAGGAGGGCGGCAAAGACACUGGCGACACGGCGCGGCGGCAGGAGCGGCAGCAGCAGGCGCUGCCAGAGGCGGCGAGCCCGCUGCUGCUGGCGGCGUUCUCUGCGUUGGACGCUCUGCUGAGGGACGCUGCCAAUCAGGUGCCGGUUGCGGUCGGCUGCGCCGAGCGCGGCCGGGUGCUGGAGGGGUUGCGCCUGCGGUACGCGGAGCUGCUUAAUGCGAUGGCGCUCGCCCUGGGCUGCUGUGAGCGGCGCAGCUUUGGCCUGCAGGCGUCCCUGGACGCCGCACGCGCUGCCGCCCUCACAGCCGAGGGCAGGGCCGCGGCGGCGGCCGCGGCGGCAGCUGAUGCGAGGCGCGAGGCCGAGGGCGUGGCGGAGGCGGCGGAGGCGGCAGGGGCGGAGGGAGAGGCGCGGGCCGAGGGGGGCGAGCGGGCGGCGGCGGCGCUGAGGCGGAGGGUGCAGGCGCUCGAGGAGGCCGCGGAGCAGCUGGAGCAGCAGCUGUCUGCCGAGAGGGCGGACACGGAGCGGCAGCUGCUGGGGCAGCGUGCGGAGGCGGAGGCCGCGCUCGCUGCCGCAGAGGCGCGGGCGGACGACCUGUUGGAGCGGCUGCGCUUUGCCGAGCGCCAGGCGGGGCACUAUAGGGACAAGCUGGGCGCCGCGCUGACCGCACGGCGGCCGCCGGGCCGCGACGCCGACUCCCAGACCGACCCGCUGCCGGCCCCACCGCCGGCGCCCCGCCCCACAAGCCGCCGCCCCGCGGCGUUGCAGCACGCGCUGGAGGAGGUUGCCGACGCCGUGGAAGGGGCGGAGGAAACGGAUGAGGACGUCGAGCCCCAAGCAACCCCGUUUGCGGCGCUCCUGCGCCGCGCCGCCGCCUCGAAGGCCACACGAAGCCGCCAGUGGACCGUCAAGACUGCUGGCCUGCUCUUCGCUGACAAGGCGGCCGCAGACGCAGCGGCCGACGCGGCGGGCGCGCGAAGGGCGCAGCUGGGGCCGUUUUUCUUGGACUGGCACAUGCAUCG